AUGCAGCCCCCCCGCCCCCCUCCCCCUUAUGGAGGCCAGGGGGGUUCGCCCCCUCCCCCCGUUGGGGGCCCUCCUCCUCCUCCUUAUGGAGGCCAGGGGGGUUCGCCCCCUCCCCCCGUUGGGGGCCCUCCUCCUCCUCCUGCUGCUGCUGCAGCAGCAGCAGCAGCAGCAGCAGCAGCGGCCGUGGUGGCAGCAACAGCAGGAGCUCCUCCACCACCGCAGCCGCUGCAGCCGCUGCCGCCGCAGCAGCAGCUGCAGCAGCAGCUGCAGCAGCAGCCACCGAUGCAGCCCCCCCCAGGCUUUCCUGCUGCUGCUCCGCCCCCUCCUGGGUUCCCUGGUGUGAGGCCGCCUCCACCUGCUUCAGGAGUUGCUGCUGCUGUGCUGCCGCCUCCUGGCUUUCCUCCUGCUGCUGCUGCUGCUGCUGCUGCUGCUCGUCCGCCCCCUCCUCUCGUUCCUUCUCCCCCUCCUGCGGUGCCUAAUCAGAGAGGUACCAUGCCUAUACCUGCUUGGAUGCAGCAGCAGCAGCAGCAGCAGCAACAGCAGCAGCAGCAGCAGCAGGGUUUUCCUUUCCGACCACCACCACCAAUGCCGCAGCAGCAGCCGCCUCCUGCGGUGCCUAAUCAGAGAGGUACCAUGCCUAUACCUGCUUGGAUGCAGCAGCAGCAGCAGCAACAGCAGCAGCAGCAGCAGCAGGGUUUUCCCUUCAGACCACCACCACCAAUGCCGCAGCAGCAGCCACCACCGCCCGGAGCGCCGAUGGCUGCAGCAGGGGCCCCUAUGGGUAUCCCCCCUCCCCCUAUGAGUCUGCAGCAACAGCAGCAGCAGCAGCAGCAGCAUGGAGAGAAGAAGGAGCUGCAGCACAAGUCAGCAGCAGCAUCUGUGCUCCCUCCUCCCCACCCCCCGCCUCCGCACCAGCACCAGCAGCACCAGCAGCAACAGCAGCAGCAGCAGCAGCAGCAGCGAGCAAAAGCAAAGAGCCAGGAGGAGUUGCUACAAGAGAAAGCUCACCUUCCUGCUUUCUACUAUGACCCCAUCAUCAAUCCUCUCCCCGCAUACAAAAUGAGUGCUGAUACAGACGCGCUCGUCGAUCCUUCGGUGGUUGAGGGUUUACAGCUCCCGCCUGUGUUGCGGCCGUUCCUCGAGGAGAGCCCGCUAUGCACGGACACAACAGCAGCUGGUAUUUCACUGUAUUGGUCUUGUCGUCCAUUUAAUUUGCGUGCUGGUCGCAUGCGUCGAGCCCAGGAUGUUCCGCUUGUACAGAGUUGGUUCAGAGAGCAUGCACCACAGAACUAUCCUGUGAAGCUUGCUGAUGGUCUUCAGUAUAUCUUCGCUCACGUUGGCCAGCUUACAGGGAUGUAUCGUUACAAGUAUCGUCUGAUGCGUCAAGUGUACGAGAAGGUGGAUUUGACUUUAUUGAAUCGUUUACUGCGAUUGAUAGUGGAUCACAAUGUAGCUGAUUAUAUAACAGCGAAAAACAACGAUGAAGCGGGACGUGAAUCUGGGUCGUGCAGUAUUUUGGGAGAUAUCGAAUAG